AUGGAAAAUAUCGCUGAAGGAGCAACUAAAACAGCUAUCCGAGAAGUGGUACCACAGCACGUGGUACCAGCGGUGGAAAAUAUUGAAGCGAUUGAAACCGAUGAAUUAGAAGUCCAAACACCUGAACAGAUUGGAGCAAUCGUAAAGGAACAUAAUAAUGAAAAAGAAACUAAACAAAUUGAAAUAAUACCAACCUAUGUUUGGCCGACUACGGAAAAUCAUCCAGCAGAUAGUACACGAUCAUUUAUUGAACGAAAGCCAAGCACUGAUUGGGCUAAGAAAGCGGUUAUUUUACCACCAAAAUUUGAAACUGCUAAAAUACAAAAGACGCAAGUUCAUUUUAAUGAAAAAAAAACCAACACUCAAACAAGUGCUACAAAUAAAUCAGCCAGUACUGAAUCAACUGGGCCAACAUCUGCACUUUCAACUACUUCAUCAAAGUUAGGUCAAAAAGAAGAUAAAUCAGUACUUCGAAAAUCGAUUUUAAAUAUGGCUAAAGAUGAUACAAAAAAAGCCAAUGCUUCAGUAAAUGCUACAAAUAAAUCAGUCAGUACUGAAUCUUCCAGGCCAACAUCCGCACUUUCAACUACAUCAUCAUUUUCAGGUCAAAAAGAAGAUAAACCAGUACUUCAAAAAUCGAUUUUAAAUAUGGCUAAAGAUGAUACAAAAAAAGCCAAUGCUUCAGUAAAUGCUACAAAUAAAUCAGUCAGUACUGAAUCUUCCAGGCCAACAUCCGCACUUUCAACUACAUCAUCAUUUUCAGGUCAAAAAGUAAGUAAGAAAUGA